CCUUUAAAAAAAAUAAAAAAAAGAUAAUUAGCACUAUGAAGCUGGCAUCAUUAUCAUCUUUAACACCUCUCUUACCCUCCAUCACUCUGCAAUCAGCGGUGAGACAGUGAAGUGAUUUCAAUCAAUUAACUCUGGCCUCCAAUCUGCAACAGAAAAAAAAAAAAAAAAAAAAAAGAAGAUAAUUAGAGGGUGUUUCCAGACAGAUUUUCACCUUUAUCUUUUUUUUUAUUUUUUUUUUUUUAUGAAUUCAUGCCCUAAAUAUUCUCAUGAGCCCAAAGAAAGGAGGGUAAACUGGUCCAAUGUGCUGGUCCAAUGGGCAGCAUCACAUCCUGUCUGACUGUGGCUGAGAGAAGGAACCAAACACAACAGCAGCAGCAGCACUGGGAGUCUGAGGAGCACACUGGUGCAACUGGGGGCUUUUUUCUUUUAAGUUAAUUGAUCUGAAUUCAAAAUCAUCCACACCAAACAGAAAAGACAAGGAAAAGAGGAUAAGACUGCAUCCUUUAAAAAAAAAAUUGAGCAGUAUAUAGCUGGCAUCAUUAUCAUCUUUAACACCUCUCUUACCCUCCAUCACUCUGCAAUCAGCUGAUGAGACAGUGAAGUGAUUUCAAUCAAUUAACUCUGGCCUCCAAUCUGCAAAAAAAAAAAAAAGAAGAUAAUUAGAGGGUGUUUCCAGACAGAUUUUCACCUUUAUCUUUUUUUUUAUGAAUUCAUGCCCUAAAUAUUCUCAUGAGCCCACAGAAAGGAGGGUAAACUGGUCCAAUGUGCUGGUCCAAUGGGCAGCAUCACAUCCUGUCUGACUGUGGGUGUAAACUUUAGAGUCGAGGCUGAGAGAAGGAACCACAUACAGCAGCAGCACUGGGAGUCUGAGGAGCACACUGGUGCAACUGGGGGAUUUUUCUGAAGUUAAUGAAGUUGGAUUAUUUUUUUUUGUGUGUUGUUGAAGACAAGAGAAAGAAAGACUUUAAAGAAACAAUGUCUGAUGGAAUUAUUUGGAUAUUUUUCCUGCUGUGAUGUUGUGCAGAAACUUUUCCUGGACCAUGUUUUCUCUGCUUCUGGGAGGUUUUCCAUGUAUGAAGUUUAUGUUUUUUCUGCUUCCCCAUAUAGGCCUCCAAUAUUUAUACCCCUAGCUGGUAAUUAACAUAAUCUUGCAUUCCUGUUAAUUUCGACGAAAAUGAAGGACAUUGCCACCCCAAACGCACAUUUUUUGGCACUUUCAUGAAUGCAGCUGUAAUCACCCAGAGGGAGCCUCAAGUACUUAAAUGGGUCCAUCACGAGAAACGAGACAAUCAAGCUCCUUUUAUGCCUCGAGAUCAGCUGCAGUUUCUGCACAUUGUCUGUUAUGAAUAGACCGAUCUCCAAUUGAGCCUCUUCACUUUGGAGAUUUUUUCGAUUUUCGAUUAUACAGCUAUUGAAAAUUAGGAUGCGCCUCUUUUUUUUCCUCUCUCUCCCUCUCUCUUAGCUUUGGUGGCUCGGUUUGCCUUUUUUCUUGAUUGCCACAUGAAAUUGACACUCUGGUUGCCACUUAUCAAGCAGCAGCAUUUCAAUCCAGCGCUAAUUGCAGAUAUAUAGUGCCAUCCUUUUCUUUUCACUGCGGUUUGAUUGCAUGGGGAGAAAACAGCACAAGAGGAAUGAUCGAUCAUAUAUAGGUGUUUUUUUUUUUCCUUUUUCUAAUUGCAUCAAAAUUGUCUUUUGUUGCCAGGGUUUAAAUGCAGGAGAAACUUGUUAUUCGUUGUUUUGGACCGGAUAUAGUGUGGGUUGUUGGUGCAGAGAUGCGUAAUGUGCAGAGAAAGCUCCAUCUUCUCUCCAAAUAGGCAACUUCAAGACACGACAAAAUGUCUAAGUCGGAGGUGAAGAAGGAGACCGGUGAGUCCAGUCCUCCGGAGGCCGCCUGCCUCUGCUCUCCUCCGGCGGCCAAGAACCAGAACCAGUGCGCGAGCUGCGGCAUGGACAUCCACGACCGGUACCUGCUGAAGGUCAACAACCUGAAUUGGCACUUGGGCUGUUUGGAGUGUUCCGUCUGCAGAGCGUCUCUGCGCCAACACAACAGCUGCUACGUUAAAAACAAAGAGAUCUACUGCAAACUGGAUUAUUUCAGUAGGUUUGGCACUAAGUGUGCCCAGUGUGGCCGGCAGGUGUACGCCAGUGACUGGGUGCGGCGGGCUCGGGGCAGCGUGUACCACCUGGCCUGCUUCGCCUGCUUCUCCUGCAAGAGGCAGCUGUCCACCGGGGAGGAGUUCGGCCUGGUGGAGGGCAGGGUGCUCUGCCGCAGCCACUACGACAUCAUGCUGGACAACCUCCGCAGGGCUGCAGAAAACGGCACAGGACUGACUCUGGAGGGAGCGUUGCCCUCGGAUCAGGACUGCCAACCAAAACCAGCCAAGAGGGCGCGGACGUCCUUCACUGCUGAGCAACUGCAGGUGAUGCAGUCUCAGUUCGCUCAGGACAACAACCCCGACGCUCAGACUCUACAGAAACUGGCAGAAAUGACGGGACUGAGCAGACGAGUCAUACAGGUUUGGUUUCAGAACUGUCGCGCUCGACACAAAAAGCAGCCGCCUCAGCUCGGCUUCUGUCAGAGCGCUCCGAUGUCCCGGAUGCCUCCGUCGCUGCCAGACGACAUCCACUAUUCACCGUUCAGCAGCCCCGACCGACCACAUCUACUGGCCCUGCACGGAUACCUGGACACUCAUCCCUUCUCCGUCCUCGCCGCCCCGGGCCACUUGACCCACCCGUCCAUCUCUUUACCACAGCUUCCCAUCAGCCGCUGACCUCCUGCGUCUCCUUUUUCUGCGUCGUCACCACCCCGAUGUUGAUGUGAAAAAAAUCCUUUGGGAUGUACUGUCAGUAAAUCUGCUCUGUUUGGGAGCCUAAUCCCCGCCGGGCAUGCAGGACUUCGGCGAUCUGUUUUCAAUCAGUUGGAUUCUUCUUUGCUGUGAGACCGCUGAGUUAAACUCGUCUUUUAAAGACGGCAGACUGUGGAGAAACGUCCCGUCUCCACGCCAACGUGGGAGUUGUUUUAUUUUGUUUUGAUGCAGAGACGAAGACCACUUUUAUUUUAUUUUUCCUCUUUUUAUGAUGGGACACAAAACAUUGCAUCAGGUCAGGAUUGUUUUCCUUUUGUUUACCCACUCAUACAAGGUAUUUUAAUUCUAUUGCUGCAAUAUGAAAACAGGGAGUGUUGUAGCAGUGUUACAGGAAAACCUCAGCAUUUUGUUUUUUGUAUUGGUGAUGAGCACAUUUGCAGCUUUACUGUUUGUUGUUGUUGUAUUGUUGUCGGAAGACUCUUAUUUAUUCAGAACAAAACUUCACUUUUAAAAAAAAAAAGCACUUUUAAAUGUGUCUUGAAAUGAAAUAAUUCAGUGAUUGUACAUUGUAAAUACUGCCACAGUUUAAUAAAAAUGUAUCAGAGCUGUUA